AUGAAGUUUGUCGCUGUUAUCGUGGUGGCUUCAGCGAUUGGUGCCCAGUGUGCUUCUUCCACCUCGGCCAGCUUAACUGCUUCAUCGUCUGUUGCAGGAGCAACUGGACAAACCGGUAGAGCAACUACCACAAGUGCUGCCACGGGGAGGGAAGCUUCAAAGGCGACUUCCUCCACGGUUGCCACAACAACUGCAAAGAAAGCAGGCGCAGAAGCGAAGGCAGCUAUUCCUGGAUCUGCUUUGGCGGUUCUCCUAGUCAUGGGCGCGUGUGUUGCUUAA